UUUGUAGCUUUGUUACUUUAUGAAAGCUUCACUCACGUUGAACACUCCAUAUUACUGCUCCUCUCGCCUUUAUCAAUCAACGGAGAUUUCAAAAACCUGUCUCCGAUUUCACCGUCGUUGAGUAUUUGACGACAAAAGGAAGCUCUUUCAUCUUCUGAGAGUCGGUGGCAGCUUUAUUCGGCGCUUUGAAGCCCUAAAAUACUCGCCGUCAUCCUAUCAGUCACCAGGUGUUCGUCAUUUGUCCUCUUAGAAUCUAGUUGCUUUGAGUUUGCUGCUUUAGCUUUCGUUUUGCUGUUAUAUGGUGAGUUUACUGCUGGUGUUGAAGACCUUUGUCAGAGAAAUUGAAGAAUCAUACUCCAAUGCACAUAAUAAAGGCCAAUGCUGGUGCACUUACCAAUUUUGAAGUACUUGAAUUUUUGAAGGCAAGAGGUGCUUCAAAAGAUUCUUCAAGGGUUAUUGCUCCAGUAUCACAAUCAGAGUACAAGGUUUAUGAUUAUUUGGUAGAGACUCCGGCUUGCUGGCAAUCAAGAGAACAAAUCACUGAAUUUUUUGAAAAGUGUGAGCCGUAUAGACUUGCAAAAGCUGAGAUCCUCAAUAUCAUUAACAUUGUGCCUUAUGAAUUGGUUGAACUUGAGCCGCUUAUAGAGCAACCUGAUCAGCGUUUGGGAGACAGGGUGGAAGAACUACUAGACUUGGUUACAACUGUGUUUCCACGGCCAGAGAAACCAACACCGGAAGAUGGGAUAGAUGAGGAUAAAGAAGAAACUGGCAAUGAGGAACAAAAUGAAGACAAGAACGAAACUUCGGUUGAGACACAGAUUGAUGAAGAGGGAAAAGAAAAUGAAAAUGCUGAUCAGGAGCCAAUGGAGAUAAGUUGAUGCCAAUCUGCUGGUCUUCCUUGGUAGUGUAAUGACUUUUAAAUUCUAAAUUAGAUACUUAGCAUUAUAUAGUUAAAAUGUAAUUUAGCCUUUCUCCAAAUUAGUAUGAUAUAUAUACAUACUAAUGGAUAUAGAUUUAACUAUUUAAGUAACCUGCUUUGUUGUGAAUUUGAGAAUACCUCAACCAAAAAAAUAUAAUUUCAAAUAAAUUCCCUAA